GCUCAUAGUGCCGUUGAGGCUCGCUAGUGGAGCCCAGAACACAACUUGAGCUUUGGGGCUUCAGCUCGCCGGCUUCCUAUGACCGCCGCCCGUGGCCUGCACCGUUGGCCUCGGCCUAUAGGCUCCACGGCACAUCUUGUACAGGUGGAACAUCCUGCAUCUCGUGCCGCUUAUGCACUUGUGGAGCUCCGGUGGCCCGCGUUGUUGCUCCAGCUAGUGGUCGUCGCACUUACAAGCCAGUUGCGCGUUAACGGAGGAGUGAUCAAUUCUUUUGCAGGUCCCUACAUAGUUUACGUCGAGCGCUUCUACCACUGCGGACCACCCUACGACAAGUUACCAUGGAAAUGGAACUUUCAUAUAACUCGCUUUAACCCAAAAACGCCAAAGGAGAUACAACGUCUGAACGGAAAUAUAACGGCUGGUAAUGGUACAUACGAUAACGCCGGCUGGGCGAAGCUUAAUCUUGAUAUUAUGUCCAAUAACCAGUGGAAAGAAAACAAUUUUAUAUUUGAAUUUAAAAAAAGGGGAUGCCAGAAUAUGAAAGAUCAUGUUCCUUUCGUGUACGAAGCAUUUUUUAACAAGGGAAAAGAAAGUAAAAAUGCAGAGUGCAAAAUUGAGCCGGGAUUUUACGAUAUCAAAAAUGCUGCAAUGACCUGGGUAUUUCCAAAAUUUCCAGUUAUGCCUUAUGGACAUUAUAGGGCUAGAUUCAUAGCUGGCAACAAAAUACCUUUUGGAUGCUGGGUCGCAGAGAGUAGGGUCAUUCCAAGAUAUGAUUAGUAUGCGCUUUGCUUCACAUUCAUUAUUUAAGGUGGCUGUGUUGCUGCGAUCAAGAAAGAAAUGCGCCUGGUCGAUGACGGAUAUUCUCUGUAAUCGGCCGAUGAUUGCGAUCAUCGCGAUAAAAUAUUCGAUUCCGAUGCAUCGCCAUCGACUCUAUUGCAUUAAUAGCCAAAUAACCGAAUAAACCCAA